CAUGAAAAUAAAACGUCGCCGGACGAAAAAAGAAGCAACAAAAUAGAAAAGAAAGCUUUUCACUCCGAAAAUAAUUUGCUUGAGAAAAAAGGAAACCGUUUUGAUGCGAUGAAAAGUCUUGACAGCAAAUUAUUUACUAACAAGACUGAAGUUAGUAGUCAAGGCAACAAUAUGACGUCAUCUGGUAUGGUGAAAACGAAAAGGAACAAGAAGAAGAAGAUAAAGGUCGAAGAAGGGAGCGGAAUAAAUUCAAACAGAAGUAUUUCGACGAGAGAAUUACGGCGGUCAAUACGAAAUAUUAAUGACCAACAUAUCAAACUGGCUCUUCAGUCAGCUCUCAAUAAAGACGAACAGCAACUAAAAAACGAUGUUAUGAGAAUAAAGACGUCCCUAGAAGGAAACUAUCGGCCAUUUAAUCUUACUAGAGUGUUGAGGGAGCUUGUAACAGAGGCAGAGACCCCUGGCGAAUUUAGCGAAAAAUUCGCAAGAGCAAAGCAAGAGCUUCUGUUAAAAAGACGUAAUAGUGACGCGGACAAACCUUUAGUAAGGGUAAAGCGUUUAGGAAGGAUAAAUAACCAAAGCGAAAAAACACUUAUUAGAGUCAAAAGAUUAGAAGAUGAAGACCCAAACGAUUUGGACAACAAAUUGUCGCUGGAUGGUCGGCUUGAUAGAGCUAAAAAGAUUUAAACGGAUUGACAAGUCAAACUUGCUGAAAGAACAAUAGCAACUGGAACUUUUGUAGGCUUUCUUAGGACCACAUUAUGAUCAAUUUAUAGUGAACUAUUUUUCGGUUAUUUUCAGUGCAUAUUUUCAACCGCUUGGUCAUUGUAGCAAAUGGCCACGAGGAAGAGCAAUAUUGAGGCUGAUUGGAGUAUAAAAGUCUAUCUCUUUUCGAUAAAAGAACUAGCGGAUAUAUUUCUAGUAGUUGUCAUUGCAGUGCAAUUUGUGGCUAAUUUUAAGGGGACGAGAUAGACGCCAUCUUGGAAAUAUGUCCCGUAAAACAGCCCCACAAUGCACUUCAACACCAACUCGACCCAGUCUUUUCCAAAACCUCGGAGUGGCUAUAUAUAAGAAAGGACGAAAUAGCCACCAUCGUAAAAAAUGUCCCCUAAAUCAGUCCCACAAUGCACUGCAAUUGCAGCUCGACCCAGUCUUUUCCUUGACCUCAGUAUUUAAAGCGUUCUUUUAACUCUGUAUUAUCCACGCUUGCUUUAAUGUAAUUUUUCAAACUUUUGGAGUUAAUAUUCUACAUAUUCAGAUGCUUCCACAUAAGAUAUUUUAAUUUCAAAGUUUUACAAUGAUAUCUCACAUUUUAGCUCUAAGUUUAAUUUACG